AUGGCCCCUAGAAACCUGACUGUAACGGCCACUGCCGAUCUCUUCAUCUUUAAAGCACCGCCAACCAGAGCAAACUCCUUCAAUACACUGCCAACCUACAGGUUUAAGUUAAAGAAAAAUGGAACAGAUGCAGUUGGAGUCUUGGCUGCAGGAACCGAGCAGGAGCGUGCCAUAUCUGAAGAAGAUGCAGUUUGUUGUAUUUGCUUGGAAAAAUAUGUUGACAAUGAUGAGCUGCGAGAGCUGCCAUGCGGCCAUUUCUUCCACAAGGAGUGUGUGGAUGAGUGGCUAAAGAUCAAUGCACGGUGUCCUCUCUGCCAAUCUGAGAUAGCUAGGACUCAUGGGGCUUCGACCUUUGCCGCAGGCUCCAGCCAGAAUCCAAGUGAGAGGAGGACGGGUAGCGCAUUGGAUGAAGAUGGCGGUGGACAUGGAAGUACUGUGGCUUGA